CUGAUGUUCAGCUAGGUGCGCGACUGCUGAUUGGCUGCGGGUGCCGGCCGAAGUAUCAACUGGCUGAGGAAGAGCGAGGCGCCUGCAAGUUUGUUUUCAGAUUAUUUGAUCUCACACAGGCCUGACUGUUCGUGGAGCCAGGACAUUAUCUGCUGACUCAUCAUCAAGGUUACAACAUGAGUGGAGGAGUUUAUGGAGGAGAUGAGGUGGGGGCACUGGUGUUUGACCUGGGUCACUACUCGCUGCGCGCGGGGUACGCCGGUGAGGAGGCGCCCAAGUCGGAAAUCCCGGCCACAGUUGGUGUGCUAGAUGAAGCGGCAACUGGUGCAGCACUCGAUGUCGCCAUGGAGGUGGACGGCGCAGGCGGCAAGGAUGCCGCCGCCCACCGCAAGUACUACAUCGACACCAACGCGCUGCACGUGCCCAAAAAAGACGUGGAGGCGGUGAGCUAUAUGAAGGAUGGCAUGAUCGACGACUGGGACCUGUUCGAGAAGGUCCUCAGCUACACCUACUCACAGUGCAUCAAGUCUGACUCAGAGCUGCACCCGGUGCUCAUGUCUGAGGCGCCCUGGAACCACCGGGGGCGGCGCGAGAAGCUGACCGAGCUAAUGUUCGAGAAGUACAACGUGCCGGCCUUCUUCCUGGUCAAGAACGCCGUGCUGGCGGCCUUCGCCAACGGCCGCUCGACCGCGCUGGUGCUGGACAGCGGUGCGACGCACACCUCGGCGGUGCCCGUCCACGACGGCUACGUGCUCACGCAAGGCAUCGUCAAGAGCCCGCUCGGCGGCGACUUCAUCACGGCCCAGUGCCGCCAGUUCUUUAGCCAGAACGAGGUGGAGGUGGUGCCGCCGUACAUGAUCGCGUCCAAGGAGCCCGUCAAGGACUACGAGAAGGCCAAGUGGACGCGGCGGGCUAACCUGCCCGAGGUCACCAAGUCGUGGCACGACUACAUGGUCAACGAGGUUGUCCAAGACUUUCAGGCGACCAUUCUGCAGUGUGUCGACGACUACAGCGAGGAAGCUAUCUCUCAGAUGCCCGCCGUCCCUUACGAAUUCCCGAACGGCUACCACCAGGAUUUCGGCUCGGAGCGCUUUAAGAUCCCCGAGUGCCUGUUCGACCCUAGCAACAUCAAGGGCGUGGGCUCUACCAUGCUAGGCAUGGGCAACGUGGCGCACAACUCGGUCAGCAUGUGCGACGUGGACCUGCGGCCGAACCUGUACGGCAACGUGGUGGUGACGGGCGGCAACACGCUGCUGCAGGGCGUGCCGGAGCGGCUGAAUCGCGACCUCUCGCGCAAAACGCCGCCUAACAUGCGUCUGAAGCUGAUCAGCGCCCAGGGCAGCUCGGAGCGACGCUUCGGCGCCUGGAUCGGCGGCUCCAUCCUGGGCUCGCUCGGCUCCUUUCAGCAGAUGUGGAUCUCCAAGCAGGAGUACGAGGAGGGCGGUCGCAGCCAGGUGGACCGCAAGUGUCCCUGAGUAACGCCGUGUAUGGCGUUGUCGGACUGGGCCUGAUUGGUUUGGAUCGGCUCGGAGCCGAUCAGAUCAGAUCCGGCGAACUGGAUAGACCCGGAUCGAACCGUCGAUAUGAGCGGAGUGAGUGCGUCAGCGGAGACAAGACGGACAAUUGGACGCUUGAAAUCCGGUCUCUUUGUAUUUUUUUCCAGCUCUCAUUGUAUGUGUGUAUGUGUGCAGUGAGGUUGAAGGAGGUAUGUGGUGAUGAGUACAUGCUCUUCCUGAGGGGAACUCGAACUCUAGUGGUGCCCAUUUUCCGAGACUGGACAUAGUUGUAACUGACAAACCUCGCGUGUGCGCGCGCAUGGCGCGGUCGGCGCAUGGUCCCAACCGUUGUAAGAUGUCGUAUUUUGUCAUAUUCAUCGACGUUUCGUCAUAAAAGCUUCAUCAUA